UGAGCGAAUUUCGGCUCAUCAAACUUCCACAUACCACAUAUCAAACUACGCACUUAUUUCAUGAAUCCAACUGUCUUCCGGUCCAGCGGACAGGUCACCGACGUUGUAAUACUAUCAAGACACUACUUUAUGCCUUCUUCCGUGGAGUACAAAAUAGACAGCACCAACAAUCAAUUUGCCAACGACCUCUCUACAAGUACGACAAUGAUCUGCAUCUCCCAUUCAACCAGCCAACUGUAUAUAUACAAAGUAAAUGGUCGAAAUGAAAUGGUGAAUGACAAAAGGGAAAAAGAAGGGAAAAGACAAUGGAGAGACAAAACCUGGGGAAGGGAAGAAUUGGGAGAUAUAAGAAAAUUGGAAAAUUGCUGGGAGAAUGGGAGAAUGAGCAAACAGGGAGAAUGGGGAGUAGACGGGAGACAGGAGAUGGGAGAUGGGAGACGGGAGGAUGUAGGAGACAAUUGGGAGAUGGGUAGGUGUCGGAAAAAGUUAGGUACCAUUGUAAUACUGCCGGAUUACAAGUUCGGCUCAGCACCUUAA